UCUAACUUGCUGAGGGUCAAAGUGAUUACUGUGUUUGAAGUUCAAAACUGUUUUUUCCUCAGAUCAGAGAGUAAGGACCUGGAUUCUUUUUGCCUUCCUCUACAGUAGUGCGUUGCUGAUUGCCUGCUGGUAUCAUGGAGGCACAGCUCACCCAAGCCCUUCUCUGCCAUUGAUGAGGCACCAGACAACAGCAGGAUCGGUCUAUCCCAUCCCGACUUUUGACUGACACCCUAUAGUCUUGAGAGGACCAAGAUAUGUUGCCUAACCAAGUCGCCAGACCCAGUACUCGGGUGAAAUCUGACGGUCUGUGAUUGCCUUGCCAAGCCAGGAAACAACAGCUGGAAAAAGAAUAAUGGAAAAUUGUACAGACACAAAUAAUAGCUCCACUUGCACAGGAAUUCCCUACAAAGACAGCAAGACACUUCUGGUUGCAGUUUACAGCAUCGUUUUUGCCAUAGGCCUUCCGGCAAAUUGCUUAACUUCCCUGCUUACAUUUCUACAAAUACAAAGGAAUAAAGUAAUCGCCAUCUACAUUUUCAGUUUAUCAUUGUGUGAGCUGAUGUAUUUAAGUACCUUGCCUCUCUGGAUUAUCUACGUGCAAAAUGAGCACCGAUGGAAUAUGGGUGUAGAGGCUUGCAGAAUAACAGGAUUCAUCUUUUUCUGCAACAUAUACAUCAGUAUUCUGCUUUUGUGCUGCAUUUCUGUGGAUCGUUACGUGGCACUGGUGUAUGCUCUGGAAUCAAGGGGGAGAAGAGGACAGAAAAAGGCAAUCAUAAUAGUGUGUUUUCUCUUUGCUGUGGUUGCAAUAAUCCACACUCCAGUAUUUUACAUGGAAGAUAAUGCAGAACAUAUGAACAGGAAGACCUGCUUUGAAACUUUGCCCCUUAACAUAAAAUUGGCUUCUUUCAGCUUUGCUAGAUUCCUAUUUGGAUUUGCCAUACCUUUCACAAUCCUCAUUUUCACAAACUACAAAAUUUUCCAAAGUACAAAAACAAGCAGCAGCUUGACUUGUCGCCAAAAAGCCAAAGUGAAGUAUCUGGCUGUCGCCAUUAUUGUCAUUUUCCUGAUCUGCUUUGCUCCCUACCAUGUGGUACUCAUAAUAAGAUCCAUAUACUUUAUGCUUCAUCAAAAUUGCUCAUGUCCAUUUGAAAAAAAUAUCUAUUCAAUUUUUACAGCGUUUCUGUGUUUAGCCACUGCAAACAGUGUUGCAGAUCCAAUCAUCUACGUGCUGGUUAGUGAAAACGUCAGAAAAGAUUUUUAUAGGACUCUGAGAAGAUGGAGAUUGAACUCAGCCAGGCUGAAUUCAUCCAUUAAUCACAAGACUGACAGCCUAAAAUUGAAAAUGUCAAAAGAAUCACAGGAAGGAGGGCUAAAAGAAGAAAACAAAGAAAUACCAGAUUCAUCUGACAUUCAAAAGACCUGUACUAGUGGCAAAGACCAAGAAGGUGGCAGCUAGCAGUUAGCUGCUGACACAACUAAGAAGUUCCCACCACCAGCUGUGGGCUGCAGACUGCAGCACACAAGUAUUUACAUUCUGAUGUCUGUAGGAAGUUUUGUCAUUGUGUGUGAGCCAGCAACUCCUUGAAGACGCUACAGGAGUGAUAACUUCUUAUUUCUGUUUGUCUCCUACAAUAAAGUUCAUCCACCAGUAUCAUUGGUGAAAAUAUUUCUUUGCUAAGGACACGUGGAAUAAACUAAGUAAUUUACUUUGACUCAAAUUGAAAUCUUAAAAGCUUAUUUUUGGGGCUGGCUUUUUCUUCAUAUGGAUUCAGAACCAGUUUUAUCUUCUGAGAUGGACAAAAAAUCCCUGCUGAGGAGAACAACGUAGGACCCAUUCUUAAGGUUGAAAUUUUUAGUUCUUGAAGACGUACAUGUUCAGAUUCUCAUACACGAACUCUGUUGUUACCGUUUGUGGUUAACCAGUGGAAAAUAUUAAAAACGAGGAAGUCUUUCAACGAGAGCCUUGAAAAUGUUCCUAAUACUUCAGUAUGCAGCUUUAUUUACCUUGCACAUUCUGGGGAGAAUCAAAGGGCAAAACAGUGGCCCAAUAACACAGAACAACAGUACCUCUGCUGUAUUAGUCAAGAUCCUGUACUGUCCUGACAUUCUUAAAAUAUACAAUUCUAAUGCUUGAUAUUUUACAAUUAGUAGAUUUUACUUAUUUUGCAGUUAAAUCUGGAAUGCACUGAAGUGUAUAGAAAAUUUAUACAUUUCCAACUGGUGUCAUGGAUUGUUUGUACGCCAUCCCUGAACGUUUGUUGAACUUGUGUUUCAUUUCUGACUAAGCUAAAACUUCCCUUCUGGUACUGAUCCAACUUUCACUGUGUAGGAGUUUGUACAAGAGUUAAGUGCCUUACUGACAAGGAAGGGCUGGCAGCAUGGAGAACACAGUCCCUUCUCCCCACAGAUGGGAACUCCCUCGGACAUGCUGGUGGUGCAUCCAUGAGACUAUACUGGGGCAGAUUUAAUUGUUGCUGCUGCCACUUUCACUAAGAAUAAAUUAUUGAUGGUAGUUUCCUGUGCCUUCAAACCAGAAAUUCAAAAAUAAGAAUGGUACAAAUCUGGCAAGAUUUAUUUAAACAGCUUCUUCAUAUUUUUAUGCAAUCAAAGUAAAACAGACAAAGAUCAUAAAUCGGUUGGAUGUUUAUUUGAGUACGAGUUUGUAAAAGUGUUUCACGGUGUCAUUCUGCUUCAUCUGUAAUGUUGUAUUUCUGUAAUAUUUUCAAACUGUCAUUAAUGUUGACAUUUCUGAAUUGAACUAACAUUAGCCAAUGUUCAAGUAAAUACAAUACUUGCUAAUGUUUUAAAAUUGUCAUAGGUAUUUCUGUAUAUUAUGCUUUAUUCUUAUACACUUUUGCAAAGAAGCAUUGUGCCACAAUAGCAUUUCCUCAAGUUAUUGUAUUUAUGACAUAUUUAAUUUUUUUAUUAUUUAAUGACUCCUCUGGCAUCUACCUAUGAAAGGCUUGUGUCCUCAAAAGUAGUUUACAUAAUACUGAAUUGAAUAGGAGAUUGUUUCUUGGAAAAAUGUGAAAUUCUGUUGUGAUGCUAAUUAACAAAUUGUGGUUUUGUAUUUGCAUAUGCAUGCCAGAGAUCAAAGUCUCUAAGGUAUCAGGGAGAGAUCUGCAAAGUGCUGAACAUCUGUAACUUUGCUGAAAAUCAAACUUUCCAUUACUAAAAAAAUCAGCGGCAGGCGUUGCUCGUAACAGCCCAGUCAGCCAGAGCACUGGUGAUUAAUCUCUGAAGACACAUAUGCAAACUGCCCCAACCUCAGGAUUUUCAUAGUCUAAAUGUAAAACUCUCAUGAAUAAUAGCAGUGAACUUAGAAGAAACUAAAGAUAUAAGCUUCUGAACUGAUUGAAAUGGAUGCAAAUUAGAUAUUCAUUUCAACGAAGUCUGAAAUCUCUCUGAUGUUUUUCCUCUGAUAAAACGUGAGUAUCUUUAGAGCAACCAGUAUCAGAGCCCGGUGCCGUAGGUGCAGGGAACAGGGAUUAGCAGGGUCUGAUGCAACUUCUGCAAUUCUUUUGCAUUGCCUAAUUUACAUGCUGUUCUAAAUUACUAUAUCAUUAUGCAUCUUCUCUUAAUAAAAAUCCUUGGAGCUUUUUUGUUCAGAUGCACUCUGACUUAAAAGUCCUAGGGGUGCCAAGGCCCUGUACAUCCUGAUCCAAUUUUGAAGAUGACCUCAAUGAUCUCCAGAGGUGCUUUCCAAACUAAAAUAUUCCGUGACAGGGAUUAGGGGCCAGGUACGAAGCAAUGUAUCCACAUGGGAAAAUCGCAAAUCGUGACUUCUUUGGAUAAAUGGAAAAGCAGCUUUACGUCUCAGUGAGUACAUCAAGAAAUGCUAUUUCCAUGUUGUUAAACUAUCCCAUCAGAUAAGCCGACUGUUUCUCAUGUGACAAAUUGAAGCAUGAGAUCUGUUUUGUCACACGGUAUCUGACUGUGCCAUACAGGCAAAGGAAGGGUCUCAGCACUGGGACACUUGCUAGAGACACAGUAAAGGACACUACUCAGGUCAGAGCAGAUCUGAAGGAUGGCUUGAUUGUGUGGGUCUUUCCAUCCUUUCCUCCUGCAGGGACAUUACCAGUGAGCCUGCAGGGACUGCUGCGUGCUCUGAAGGGUCACCUACUGCAUCAGAUCUGCAGUUCUCAGCCCAGCUAUUUGGAUCUGUCCCCCGACUUCCUCAACUCAGUUUAAGCUAUAAAAUGACUUGGAGAGAGUACAAAACUUAGGCCGUGCUUCCAAAUUUGAUCGUUAGAUGGCCAGGUGUCCACACGUAUGGGUCAGAGUGGGUAAGUACGUCACCAGUGUAACAGGACAAGAGUUAAAAAUUCCACUCUCUUUGGUAUUCAGCAUUUACUCAGGUAUAACUUCCAUAAUUUGAUUUAAAGAAGAGUGGGCUACUCAAUAAAUAAAACUUGAUUUUAUUUUAACAUGUGUCUCAGACAUUCAUAAUGUACCUGGGAAAUAAGUGGAUUGCUGAUUGUUUUAAGUAUGGCUGUGAAGCAUGAAGUGAAUAAUUUCUGGCUAUGAACUAGAGCUGGCCAAACUAGUUUUUCCAGACAAUAUAUCUGAUUUGUUUGUUUAUUCAUCAAUUUUAAGUUAUUUCUAAAGACUGCAUUUUUAAAGUAAUUAUUUGGGGUAACUCACUUAUAAAACUCUAUUCCUGUCUAAGAAAUGCUUUUGUGUUCAGUACUAAAUUUUGCUUCAAGAGGAUA